CUUUCGGUACGACGGCCACCUUCAUCCGAAGGGACGAAGGGAACAGACUUUGCCACAGGCAAACCUCGGAAUCGAGAGAGUGGGGGCUUGAUGGAAGAGAACGACGUUCAGCACAAAGGCCGUCUCAGCACCGGUUAUCGGUCCGAUAGAUAACCGGCUGGUAAUGAAACGGUGCAAUUUCGGAUUGUUCACUUCGUUGGCACCACCAAGCAUGCUGGCAACAGCGACUCUCCCAGACUCUCCCUCAUUCUCUGCUCGUUUUUAUGUCACCUCUCGCGAUGUCGCUAGCAAUUAUCGACACACCACUGUCACGAUCAUUCCAACAGUUCCUGCCUCGCUCCCUCAAAAUGCAUCAACCAUCUGCAAUCCCGGGAUUUCGCAGCAAGAUUCAACGCGAUGGACCCGAUCUCGCGCUCAAGAGCGGAAGACAACUCUUCUGGAGUCUAGGACGAGUGGACGCGUACCAGAUGUGGCACUGAUAUCGCUGAUGGAAGGCCCUUAUAGGCAGAGGGCGUCGAAGACAGCCCAUUUCGACUCGGGGAGCACAGAUGGGGCUUCCCAACGUAUGUUCCCUUCCUCUGGCAUUCUGACAAACUCAGAAUCAGAUAUAUGCAUCUCCGAUGACAUCAACACCGAGGAGGCUCAUGCUAUGUUUUCCGACAGUGCAAGUCCAGCACCGGUCACAUCGUCUGCCCCGCGACUCUCUCCAGGCCUUGCACAAGCCACCACGAAAGACCGUGCUCGAUCUCAUGCGCAAAAGCUGACGGUGCUGCUUCUGAAGCUUGGGAAGGCUGGACAAGUGCCGGAUGAGGCGGAGUUAUCGCUGAUGAAGAAUCGUUUUGGGCAGAGGGCGUCGCAAGCAACCCGUUUCAACUGGGGGAGCACAGAUGGGGUUCCUCGACAUAUUGGUGCUCUACGCCCCCUCCUUACGCCUCCUCCCUCACCUAUGGUUGUCUCGCCACCAAUGUCGAUAUCUUCUCUUCACUGUUCUCCAGUGCAGGCACGAGAUUUGACUCCAGCCGGUGACAUAGGACCUUAUUCUACUGCGUCGUCGACCUCCUCCAUGCAACCUCAUCCAAUGCUCAGGCCUCUGGCCCUUUUCCCUCACGCGCAGCAUCCCGACACUCAAGAUCCCUGCUGUUUUGUGCAUCAAAACCUCGCAAGGUCCUUCUGAGCAAAGAGAGGAUCUCCCCUUACCGGAUGAAGGGGUAUCACUGCCUACUCUCAAUGCUACAACUUUCGCCCAGUUUUCCCGUGAGGUUUUCCUAAGCAAAUAUCAGUCUUCCGCAGAUGCAGACCUUGUCGUCAAACUCUCCCUGAGCGGCGAUCUGGAUUUGUCUGACGGGGGGGAGUCUGUCAUCAACGAUGAACCUUUUGACCACGGAUAUGUGGAAUGGAUCGAGAGCCAGCAGGACAACGACUUGCCGCUGGAGGAACCAGGCGAUGACGCCGAGGAUUAUUCGGCCGGUUACGAUGCAUACGACAACUGCUACGAGGGUCUGGUGAACGAUACUUACUAGUCCCAGGAGGACGCUGCUGAUGAGGGUUACGAUAGCCCAACAUCGAGUCUCUGCACGGAUGAUUGAGUUAGCCCUGUGUAUUUAUUCUGCAUGGUAAAUAUACAUAUUUGCUGCCAC